GAAACAGGGGGCGCGCAAGGCUCAGCGCGCCGCUCGCUGACGCAAACGGUGAAGCAGACCCGUUUUGUGUCUCUCUUACGCUUAUAAUCGUCGUUAGUAACCUUCUAGAAGCAUUGGAGUGGCUACUGACUAGCGACUGAGAGCAGGGUCAGCAGCGCGACAACCACCGGCCCAGCAAAAUGAUGCAGCAGCCCCGGCCGCUGCAGAGCGGCCGCGCCGCCGGCGGCGCCGCCCAGCGGCCCAUCCUCGGCGGAGCCGCCGCCGGCCCCAGCGCCAGUGUACUGCCGCCGCCGCUCCUGGCGACGGCGGCGUCGUCGGCGGCGGCGCCUAGCAACGGCGCCGCCAGCGCGGCGGCGGCGGCGGUACUGGCGGCGGCGGCCCCGCCGCCACCCAUGAUGCGUGGCGGCGGCGGCGGCGGCGCGGGAAGCAGCCGGCGCGGCAUGUCUGUCAGGCGCGGCGCCGCCCCGCGCAGCAGCUCCACCCCCGCCCGCGGUGGCGCCGCCCCCGGCAGCGGCGGCGUGCCGCCCAGCACGGCCGCCGCCGCCGCGCCGCCCGCCGCCGCCGCCACCGCUGCCUCCAGCAAGUCUGGCGCCGCCACUGCUACAGCCGUUCCCGGCAGCGGCAGCGGCAGUAGCAGCAGCGCCGGCGGUCCGGACGGCUCGGGCUCUGCCGCCAGCUCGCCGCCGCCGUCUCCUGGCGCGGCCACACGUGCCGCCAACGGCGCCGCGUCCAAAGGGCCGUCGAGCCCGAUCGCAUUCGACAAAGCUAUGGCUGCAAAGAUCAACGCGGCUCGCGAGCUCGCUCGGCGGUUGGCAGAGGAGCGCGGCGCGGCCACGGCGGCGGCGUCGGCGCGCGGGACGGCGGACGGCGAGAGCAAGCGCGCCGCUGAGGCCGCCAGCGCCGAGGCCGCCGCCGCCGCCGCCGCGCAGGCUGCCAAGGCGGACGCGUUGGUUCGGGCGCUGCGGCGCGCCGAGAGCAAUCGCGACAGCCUCACGCGGCUUCGGGCGGAGAAUGAGGCGCUGCGGGAGCUGCUGCUGGAGGUGGCGGCGGACAAAGACACGGCCAGGGCGCGCAUGGAGGCGGUGCUGUCAAGCCUCUCCGACCAAACCCUAGUCGAGCGCGCUAAGGCGACGGUAGGCGGCGCUACAGCCGCCGCCGCCGCCGCCACCGCCGCCACCGCUAGCGCUGCUACUGCCGCGGCCCCCCUUGCAAAUGGCGCCGUCCCCACUCCCGCCGCCAAAAAGGCUACGGGCGCCUCCGGCGCGGCCGCUACUGCCGUCGCCGCGGCCGCUGCUACUGCCGCUGCCGCGACGGCUGCUACUGCCGGGGAGGUGGAGACGCAGCUGGUGGCGGCGAGUGCGCAGGUGGCGGAAUCCAUUGCGCCGAGCAAGGCGGCGGUGGAGGCUCCGCCCGGCGCGCUGCAGAGUGCGGACGUGGCUCUGAGCCUCAGCCAGGCGCGGGCGGUGCUGAGCGCGGUGCAGCAGGCCAAGGAGGCGGCGGCAGGUGGCGUGGGAGGCAAGGAGGCGGCGGUGAAGGACGCGGUGAAGAAGAUGGAGCAGGCGGCGGCCAAGAAGGAUAAGGGCGCCGGCGGCGCGGUGGCGGCGGCGCCCGGCGGCGCAUCGGCGGCGGCCACGGCGGCUGUCGAGACCCUGCACGCGGAGCAGCCAGCUGCCAAGGCCGCCGCCGCCGCCGCACAGGCCGCCGCCGCACAGGCCGCAACCGCCGCCAAGGCCGCAACCGCUGCCGCCGCCAAGGCCGCCGCCCCCGCCCCUCCUGUAGUGGAGGCGGAGGUGGCGCGGGCGGUGGAGGUGGAGGUGGUGGAGGCGGAGGCGGCGCCGCUGCCGCCCGUGCCGGAGCCCACGGCGGCUCAGCUGCAAGAACUGGCGCGGGCCGCCGCCGCCGCCGCCAAGCUCGUGUUCGUGUGGCCGCCGGAGGGCGGGCUGGUGGGUCGGCCGGUGCGCAUCUACUACAACCGCGCGCGCGGCCCCCUGCCGCCCAGCAACAAGCUACAGAUGAAGGCGGGCUUCAACAAGUGGGAGGAGAUCGCGCUGUUCGACAUGGAGCCGGCGCAGGGGCUGACGUCGGGCGGUGGCCAGGACUGGUGGGUGCUGUGUGUGGAGCUGCCGCUGGAGACGUUCCGAUUCGACUACGUGGUCAUGGACGCCGCCUCGGGGGCCGUGGACAACAACAACUGGAAGGCGGCGUCGCGGCUGUGUUAAUGCUUCCUGUUCCAAUCAGUGCU